UUCACUCUGCUCUAUCCUUACCCGUCAACCAAUCUCCCGCCUGCAACAUCAUGCCAUCCCUCUCUGCUGUGUGCACCAUCUUGUGUGUGGGGACCAGCGCCGCAUUUGUGGCUCCGUCGGUAAGCUGCGUGUCGAGGGGCAUCGCCGCACACCGCGGUUUCGCGACGGCGGCCCGGCAGCGCGGCGGAGUUUCGCCGCUGUCCAUGGCGGGCGACGAGGCGGAUAUCCUGAACAAGGUGCGGGGCAUCGUGGUGUCGCAGCUGGCGGUAGACGAGACGCAGGUGGUACCCGCGGCGUCGUUCACGCAGGACCUGGGGGCAGACUCUCUCGAUACGGUGGAGCUCAUCAUGGCGCUGGAGGAAGGUUUUGACAUCGAGAUCGAGGACGAGGUGGCAGCAGAGAUCGGCACCGUUGAGGACGCGGUCAAGUUCAUCGCCAAGGCGAUCUAAGUUAACCCUCUAGGUAUCCCUGGUGGCUUGCGACCCUCUUUGUGUGUAGAGGCACCUGUGAUGCUGCUAGAAGCGUUCAGGUGGAUUGCAACCCUUUUUUGGUUCAAAAACGUCUUUGACGGUGCCAGUGGUGUUUCCUGAGGCAUUUUUUUUUGUUUUUUCUUUCUCUGGGUGACGAAGCAUCAGGGUUGUUGUCGUCGCUAUGGUAGGAUGGGAAGCCAAGGACCCAUGAAACUUCGCACGCAUGCCGCGUUCCAGAUGAAAAUCAGCGGGAUUAAUCCCGCCGACUAUGGGUUCUCCUACCCAUUGGCUCAGAACGCGGACGUUGCCCUCCGUAAAGAAGCACCUAGGUAGGCUUAGUUCGCUUGGCGUGUGCUGCCUGGCCAUACCUUGCUCUCCUCGCUUGUCCACACCAGGCUGCUUACAGCUGGGUGCCAGAUUUUUGGCGUGGCGAUAUUGACGCUGGAAAAACGUUGUCCGCGGACUGAUUAUUUUGUUCUGUGUCCACUCUGGCGAAGCCGAAUUUGUUGCGGACGCUGCUGUAACGCGGAGAGGCUGUAGAAGUAGAAGCUUAUUUUUCCCCCGAGUGCGGCGCGUACGAUGCGGCUUGUGUUUGCAACGCUUGCGCAUUGGGCACACGGCGCUAAAAUACAUCGUCAGACAGGCUUCCGACAAUUAUGUAGCCAUCGCUCAUGUUUGGUGAUUGGCGUUGUUUCUUCUUUUCCUGAGACUCGUGCUGACAACUCUCGGACGAUACAGCAUCAGUAGUGAUGAUGAAAAGGGGCUGAUACGAUCGGGGCGUUGUUUCUCGACGCCUUGCCUACGAUAGCGUACCUUUCAGGUGCAUUUGGUUAGGGGUGGAUGUAGUGCUGGGGGGCUCGCACUGACGGGAAUUUCAGCGGUGCAGACAAGCAAGGUGUUCGUGCUGACGGCUUUCGUGCCUCGUGUUGCUUGAGCUACGCACGCGCGGUGCGGUUGCCUGCCGAGUAAAUAAAAUGGGGUCUAGGUUGGGGGGGGCGGUGGCGUCUCUCUACCGCGAUCCUUGCCACGUUAAGGAAUAACCGCGGUCCAUUGCGUCUUUUGUUUUGAGGGCGCUCUGACUUUACGUUGUGUUGUACUAGACUUUCUGUCGACAACGUGCAGAAGGGCCUUCGACGAAGUCGAUAAAAGUAGCGUAGACCCACGCAACACAACAAAAAUUGGGUCACCAUCGGCCGCAAAAUUGG